AUGGCGGCCUAUGCAGCCAUAGUUUCUCUUAUGAAUACCAUCAAUCAGAUCGAGCACCACCCUUCCCCUCCAAUUUCUAUCCACAAACAACAACUUGAAUCUCUCACUCAAAUUGUUACCUUUUUGCAGGAAUUUCUUGAAAGUUAUAAGUCCCCUGUUGCUGACGGAGAUGAAGCUGAUCCGCUGGAGAUGCAUAUUGUAGAUGCAGCUCAUGCCGUUGAAGAUGUUAUCGAAUCACAUAUUGUGAUCGUGAUUAAACUGGGUAGAUCUAGUCCCAAUGGAGAAUUUCUCCAAGGCUAUGUUGUAGAUGCAGCUCAUGCGGCUGAAGAAGUGAAUUCUAGAGAGGAAGUCAGUUGCAUCGACUUCUAUCAAGAUCUACAGAAAGUGAUUGAAGAAAUGAAUGUGAUUAAGAAGGAAGCCAUGGAGAUUGCAACUGAAGCUCAGCUGCACAGAAAGGUCUCCUCGACUCAUGCUGGCUCCUUGACAUCCUCUUCCAAUGUGAAGGAAAGCAUGAUGGUGGGCUUUGAAGACGUGGUACUUCAACUCUUGGAUUGGCUCACUGGAGGGAACCGUAACCGCCAAAUCAUCCCAAUCACAGGGAUGGGCGGGAUUGGUAAGACCACUCUUGCCCGACAUAUAUUUGAGCAUGCCCUUGUUAACCAACAUUUUGAUAUUCGUGCGUGGACUACAAUUUCUCAAACCUAUAAUGUUAGAGAAACACUUAGAGAAGUUCUUCACCAAGCGAGCGGAGAUUCGAGGAAUGACUUGAGUGACGAAAACGAAUUAGGAGAAAACUUGUACAAGUAUUUAUGGGGUAGGAGGUAUCUCAUAAUACUUGAUGAUAUGUGGAGUGUAGAGGUGUGGUACAAGAUAAGGUUUUUCUUUCCCGAUUACAAUGAUGGGAGUCGAGUAAUCAUAACGACUAGGCUGUCAAACUUGGCUGCCGAGUUGACAAACUCUAACAGCAUUGGUAUGAGAUUUUUAGAUGAUGUUUGUAGCUGGAGUUUGUUCUCCCAAACUGUAUUUGGGGAUGAGGUUUUUCCUCUUCAACUCGAGGAAAUCGGAAAGAAGAUCGUGGGGAAGUGUAAGGGACUUCCUUUGUCGAUUGCUGUGAUUGGGGGUCUUUUGGCAAAGUCUGAACUUACAUUGGAGUAUUGGGAGCACAUAGAGAAAAACUUAAGCUCAAUAGUGAAUUCGGAAAAUGAUGAAUAUUGUUUGAGAGUUUUGAAACUGAGCUAUGACUAUUUGCCUGCCUAUCUGAAGCCUUGUUUUUUGUACAUGGGGACGUUUGAGGAAGAUGAGAAAAUUAAGGUCGCAGAACUCAUGAGGCUAUGGGUUUCUGAAGGCUUUCUUAAACCAAUAAUCAAUAAAAGCUCGAAAACAAUUGCCAAGGAGUAUUUGAAGGAGCUAGUCGAUAGAAACCUCAUUCUAGUUCAUGAGUUGGGGGCAGUUGGGAAUAUAAAGUACUGCAAAAUGCAUGAUUUGCUUAGAGAUCUAUCAUUUCAAGAAGCUGAAAAGCAGAGGUUUUAUUAUGUCUUAGGGCAACAUUGUCCUCGAGGGAUAAAUAGCCAACGCAGCAUUGUUAUUCCCAGAGGGUAUUUAGAAGAAAAUGUGUUUCAAUUGGUGAACUUGAGGUACCUUUGGGCUAGAUUUCGUGAGGGGUUCCAAAUCCCUUCUUCAAUUAGUCUGUUGUGGAAUCUACACACACUAAUUGUAGCAGUGUCGAGUUCGAAGGUUAUGACUGCACCAGUAGAAAUUUGGAAAAUGCAUCAGCUUAAGCAUGUCGAUUUCGAAGGUUAUCUCCCAGAUCCUCGGAGCGGGCAUAGUGAUGUUAUGAUGGAGAAUCUAGAGACGCUCAAAGGAGUGAUUGAUUUCAACUUGAAUGAAGAAGUGGUUAAGAGAAUUCCCAAUAUCAAGAAACUGUCUAUAAGAUACAGGCAUAAAGUAAUGGAGAGAAUGAAGUGCCUCAGCUAUCUUCAAUGUCUGAGUAAGCUGGAAAGCUUGAGGUGCAGUACUGAAUAUGUAAGUGAUGCUGAGUAUCUGCAGUGUAUUAGCUUCCCGCGCUCACUCAAGAAGCUGUGUUUUGUAUGCGGAAAGUUCUUCCAUUUGGAGGAAAUUCUGGAAAAGAUAGGUUCAUUACCACUUCUUGAGAAGCUCACACUGAGUUUUGGGCAGUUUGCAACACGCAGAUGGGAAAUAGUUGAAGGCCAAUUCCCCAGCCUCAAAUACUUGAGAUUGUGGCAGUGUGUGAAUAUGGAAUGUUGGACGUUAGAGGGCUGCUGCUUGCCACGCCUUGAGCAACUUCGUCUCUGGUGGAUGGAGUCGUUGGAGGAGUUCCCUUCAGAAAUUGGAGAAAUAGCAACACUCAAAUCAAUUGAACUGUGGAGAUGCAGUGAAUCAAUGGUUGUGUCUGUGAAAAAGAUAGUAGAGGAACAAGAGGAAUUACAAGGGGACCCACCCUUUCAUGUUCUAGUUUGGUCACGCAAGGUCAGCCAAGAACUGCAGAGCUUGGCAACUCCCAACUUUCGUGUAGCCAAAGAGUAG